AUACCUGGCGUUCAGAAUAUCUUGUCGUGACUGGUAGCGAAACAAAACGCCAAUAGUUCCGAAUGAAAUUAUGCGAGAGUAUCCGAAAAUUUACAAAAAGAAUGUUGGCGCUGGAGGAUCGAUUACGAAUUUAUGAUCUAUAUUUUGAGGAAGUGAAGAUUCGAUAUGGCUACUCUACAACCGAAAUAUAAUUUUGGACUUCUUCAGACACCAAUGUCAAAUAUUUCUGGAUAUGAAUCGGAAACAACCACUGAAAUUGAGAAUUUUCAUAGGAUUCCAAGACAAAAUGUGGAUCAACAAAUGAAGGGUGGAGGGCGUGAUUCCAAUAAAUACCCUUUUACUGCUGGACUGACUUCAAAUACAUCUAGUACAAGUGUUGCUGGGAUGAGGAAGAGAGGAAAGUGUUUAGGAUAUACCACUCCUGGCUCUACUAGCACCCUGAGAACUCCAGGCUCGCGUCGGACUCCUGUCAGCCUGAACUACAGCACAACUACUCCCAGAGAUUCCUCAUCUGCUGUUAUUGUCGCUAUCGUAGAGGGAAGAGGAUUAGCCAAGGGAGAAAUAGGACUAGCAAGUCUGGAUCUCAAAUGCCCAUUCCUAACACUGUCUCAGUUCUCAGAUACUCAGACCUAUGUUAAGACUAUUACCAAGCUCCAGAUCCUUCAACCCAUUGAGAUCAUAGUACCUAAUACUGCUUGUGAAAAUGGAACCAUGACAAAGCUGCUAAAAUUGAUCAAUGAUCAGUUCCAAAAUACCAGCAUAUCAACAGUGCAAAGGAAAUAUUUCAAUGAAACAAGAGGAUUGCAAUAUGUGAAGCAGUUAUGUGUGCCAGAGUUUAAUACAGUGGAGAUGGAAGUACGAGUAAAGUACUAUGCUUUGGCAGCAGUGGCAUCGCUCAUGAAGUAUGUAGAAUUCAUACAGAAUAUCAUGUAUGCUCCUGGGUCACUAAAAGUUAUCUUCCAGGGAAGUGAAAACACAACAAUGAUUGAUGCAUCUACAGCUAAGAAUUUAGAGUUGCUUCAGAACCUGAGAGACCCUACCAGUGACAUCACACUAUAUGGAAUACUGAACUAUACAAAAACUCCAGGAGGGGCAAGGUUACUAAGAGCAAACAUCCUACAGCCACCCUCAGAUCUAGAGACUAUAACCAUGAGGCAAGAUGCCAUUGGUGAGUUGACAGAGAAGGAGGAGGUAUUUUACAACUUACAGACAGUGAUAGGUCAGUUCCCAGAUGUUGAUCAUCUCCUGUCCCUACUGCUACAGAUCCCUAAGCAGGAGACAAUCAAGAUAGCUGAGAGUAAGAUCACAAACAUUAUUUACCUGAAACACACACUGGAGCUUAUAGAACCACUGAAGGAGGCUCUGAAGGACUGCGAGAAUCCUCUACUAAAAGCCUACUGCAAGUCUUUGGAGGAUCCUCGGUUUGACAUCAUCAUCACAAAGAUAUCCAGUGUUAUCCAUGAGGACACACGCUUUCAGAAGGGAACUCUUCACAUGAGAACUCAGAAGUGCUUUGCUGUCAAGCCAAAUAUCAAUGGUUUGUUGGAUGUGGCGAGAAGAAUGUACACAGAAAUUGUGGAUGACAUAUCUGAGUUGGUGACACAGUUAGGUACCCAAUACAGUCUACCCUUGAAAACCAGCUACAAUUCAGCGAGGGGGUUCUUUAUCCAGACAACCUCGUCAGGAAAGGAUGGUUUAACCACAGACAAUUUACCCGGGAUUUUUAUGAAGGCCACAAAAGUUAAAAGUACUUUAAGCUUUACGACAACAGACUUGAUCAAAUUAAAUGCAAGAAUCCAACAAUCAUUAGAGGAAAUAUACCUUAUGGCGAACAUAGUUGUGACUGCCUUGCUGAAUGACAUCAGGAGUUACUUGGGCUGUCUCUAUAAACUGACAGAAUCCGUGGCCAUUAUAGAUGUUCUUCUGUCGUUUGCCCAUGUGUGUACUCUGUCAAAUUAUGUGAGACCGGAGUUUACAGAUACUUUGGCCAUCAAGCAAGGUCGACAUCCCAUUUUGGAAAAGAUUGCUAUUAGCCAAAUAGUACCAAACAAUUCUUAUGCUUCAGAUGAAAGCAACUUCCUCAUGGUGACUGGACCGAACAUGAGUGGGAAGUCGACAUAUCUGCGGCAAAUCGCUCUUCUUCAAAUUAUGGCCCAGAUUGGAUGUAGUGUUCCAGCCGAGUACGCCUCUUUCCGAAUAGCUGACCAGAUCUUCUCCAGGAUAAGCACUGAGGAUGAAAUGGAAACUAAUUCGUCGACGUUUACUCUAGAGAUGAAAGAAGUAAACUACAUCAUUCAGAAUGCAUCCAACAGAUCGUUGGUUAUCAUAGAUGAGCUUGGAAGAGGUACCAGUCCAGAGGAGGGAGUGGGACUCUCUCAUUCCAUUUGUGAAUACCUGAUUCAGUUGAAGGCCUUUACUAUUUUUGUCACGCACUUCCUUGAACUGACCAAUUUGGAUGUGCUGUAUCCUAACGUGGAAAACUACUGUUUUGAUGUCCAGAGAUCUGUAUGCACUGAGAGUGCAGAGGAAAAAAUCAUUUUUACACACACAAUUCAAAAAGGCAAGACAGAGGAGAGACAUUAUGGAAUGGAGUUGGCAAGAAUGUCGUGUCUACCGAGAGAUGUGAUUGAAAAAGCAGCUUCGUGUGCCUUAAAGAUAUCGAGAGCUAAAUAUGUUGAGGAUAAAAAUAUUACUGAGAAAAGUAAACAACGGGCUGUGUUUAAACUUGCAACAAGGCUUGUUCAGACUGCAAGAAAUUCGAGGCUGGAUUCUGAUGGGCUGAAGAUUUAUCUUCAUGGGAUGAAAAGUCAAUAUGAAAAAGAAGCAGGUGUUGUAGUUCCAUUGUAGUCCUGUCCUUGUCUUCUCGCUACAGUGUGGUGUUCAGCGUUAUUGUUUUGUCUUUCGUUCCUACGUUAUGUGAAUCUUUACGUGAAGAUGGAAAAAAACUGUAGUUAGAAGAUGGUUAUAACGAAGUUCAAGGUACACCAGAAAUUAUGAAGCGUGAACUGUAAUUGGCUUUAAUGUUACAUUUACAAAUGAUUUUUCGAAAACCGGUGAGAAUUGGUUCUUUUCAAAGUAAUGUAAUGAUAUUGAAUUGUUAAUUUACAUUAACUCAAACAAUGAUCCUGAUCAAAUGAUAUAAAAUGUCGAUACAUACGUUGUCCGAUGUAUAACAUGUAAAUUUGUGUAUUAUUGUACUCCAACGGAAUUCAAGGUUGCCUUUAAGAAUUCGUUGUAAGAAGCCGAAAUUCUGUGUCAUAGGCAUUUUGUCGGGAGUUUGACAUCUACCUUACAUAUCUGACCUGUUGAAAACACAUUAACUCGUUCAAUCACUAUUUCAUCGUUCGCUGUAAUCGUGUCUUAUUAUGAUAAGGUGUGUGUCUUGUUAUUAUUAUUCUCUUUUUCAAAUAAACAUAUUCCUGAUA